CUACUCAAGCCUAUUAUUCAUGUAACAAACGCUUACAUUUUGUUUACCAAUUAACUUAACCGUAACUUCUUAUUUAUUGUUGUAGUAGUGUUAUUUAUAUUUUAACCCGUCUAAUUUUGUUUAAUAAUCAGUUACCAUUAAAUAAAACAUUACAAAAGUAAACGUCGUUAACCAGCUUUGUUUAGAAUACAAUAUAAAAUGGGCGAUGUGACUGCAGCAAGUGCUCCUACUGAUGAUUUAAAUAAUUCUGGUUCAUCAUGCUCAUCUUCGUCAUCAGAUUCCGAUGGAGAAUCUAGUAGUUCUGGUUCGAGUUCUAGUUCAUCUUCUUGUUCUGAAACAGCCAAUAAACAAUGUGAUGCUGAAUGUACCGAAUGUGAUUCAAACAUUUCACCUUCAAACGGCCAAACAGAUUGGAUCGUUUGUCAGCUUUGUCUACAUAAAGUAAAAACUCCGUUACAACUUAAACAGCAUAUGCGAAUGCACACUGCGCAUAAGAUACAUCGUUGUGCAAUUUGUAAUAAAUCGUUUGAACAGGCAACUCGUCUGGAAAAACAUAUAGCUAUACAUUGUGGCACAGACUCUCGAUAUGAAUGUGCUCUUUGUGGAAAAGUUUACAAGCUUCGCACCCAAAUUGUUAGCCAUAUAGCAGCACACAAAAAACAAAAUGCCGGCCGGCGUAUUUCAUAUACAUGUACCAUAUGCACAAAAAAGUUUUCAAACAAGUCAAAGCUUCGAGAACACGAGUCUGGACACGAAAACGGCACUUUGCAUUCAUGCGAUGUAUGUGGACGGACAUUCAAGUUAAACUCAUACCUCGUUGUGCACAAAAGAACACACGAAAUGAACGUAUCUUACACCGGCGACAAGCCUUUUACAUGUACACUGUGCAGCAAGUCUUUUUUGAGUAAAAGCAAUUUGGAUUUACACAUGUUAGUGCAUAAUUAUGUUAAAAAAGCGUCAUAUAGUUGUGAAAUUUGUGGUAAAAUAUUCAUGCGAAAGUACAACUACGAUGCUCAUGUAAAUAUACACCAAUAGUUUGUAAGUUUUAUGUUUAAGCGAUGAUUUUAGAAACACAAGUUUUCAAAAGCAUUUAGGUAGUAAAUUAAAACUAUGUGUUAUUUUUGGUGGGUUUUAUUUUUUAUUGUAAGAAAUGAAGGUUGACGUUUUUAAAUUUACACGCUUAUUUUUGUAGUACAGCUGACAUUGUAGCACUGUAGAGGUUUUAAUUUCAAAACUCACUAAAAUUAUUUGACUCGGAAUCUAUCCAUUGUAAGUAAUUGGGUAUUCUUCGAUUUUUUUAUUUAAAGUACUAUUUACAUUUGUUUUAUGUUACAUUACUCUAUUUUUACUACCUUAAUCAUUAUAUAUAUAUUUAUAAUUUAUUUUUACUUUUCAUUGUGGGCCUUACUGAUAAUUUACUUCUAUUCUUUAUAAAACUAUUAUGAAUACUUCUUAUUCCUGUUUAAAAUAUAUUUUAGUGACAAAAACAUAUAAACAUAAUGUAACGUACAAAACUUAUAGCAU